AUGAGAGUGGCGAAUGAAAGAAAAAGCAAAGUUUUGGCUACACUUGCUUCUUAUAGAAAUGCACUUAGAAAAUUAUUUAAAAGAAAUCGAACUUUGCUGCCAUCCCAAGUAAUACCAAUAGAAGACUUUGAAAUAGAUGACCGAGUGACGUGGGAUUUGGAUGAAUCUUUAGAAAUGGAAAUGGAAUUAGUGGAGAGAAAGAUGGCCUUCGACUUGGCAAAAUCUACAAGGGCAUUAGAAAAAGCAAGAGAGUUCUUUAUAGAUCCAAUACGAAAUUUACAGAUAGAACUGCGAGCAAUCAAAAUAACAGAAGAAAAACAAGCAUUUAAUAUACUGGAUCGUGAGAUUACACAUCGUGUGGGCAAAAUUGAAUCAUUUUUAGUCGGACUAUCAAGUUCUACAAUUGAAUUUGGCCUGGGCACAGAGAUCAAUCGAGUUCUUAAAAAGUACCGUGACAGAAGAGUUAAAAAGGCAAAUAGGCAAUUGCAGUGGGAUGAAUUGAACGCUGUAAAACCAGAUCCAAAUAAACAUCAUCCUGAUGACUUAGCAGCUUUGGAGCAAGCCAGAAAAACUAUUGGUGAUUACAAAUUGAAAACUGAUGAUGACUAUAAAGUUCCUGAAGAAGAAAAGCAUACAACCUUGACUAAGUAUCAGCAGCUAAUAAACAUACGAGAAGAAAUGUUCAAGCUGCAGAAUAAUUUCAAUGAGCAAGUAUUUGAACUGAGAGAGAGCAAACUGAUAUUGACGUCCAAAAUUGUUGCACAGAAGGCAGAGUUACAAGAAAUUCAAGAAGAACUUUUGCCAGAAUUUGUCAAACCAUUACCAAUUCCACCAGAAAUAGAUGUAGAUACAGAAUUUCCAGAAAGGGCUUUAAAGGUUCGAAUUAUUACAACGGAUCCAGCUACUGGUAGAAAACGACGAGCUUCCACAAUUUAUGACCGUGUAAAACCAGUCGUUCGUGGUAAAGAUCUAGAAAAAGAAGUCCUCGGUGUACAUGGCUUUGAGACUGAAAAAAUUAUUGCUCUAAUGGAAAAGAAUGAACCAAAAACUGUUGAUAUUCCCUCCUUAACUUUGGACUCAUUGAUAUCAAUGGCUCAAACUGAUGAGUCGGAAACUCCGUGGGAAUUAGAGCUCAAAAGACUUCGCCAGAAUAGGAAAAACUAUGAACAAACUCGGAUUCUAAACGACAUCGAGGAAAGUAUCAGAAUGUUUGACGAAAAUGUUGCCUAUUACGCUGAGCUGAGAAUUACUUUAGAUGUUCAUGUAAAAUACCUUGAAUUAUUUCUACUUACAUUACAUCAAGAAUUAAUGAUUUUAAAAGAGUUUGAAGCAAAUGAAGUACUAAUGCUCGCCAAAGUUCAAGACAAAAUAAAUGAAAAAAAUGCUGUUGUAAAAAAACAAAAUGAAUUAAAGUUUAACAUAGAAGCAAGGCAAAGAUUAAUGUUGCAAAAUGUGGAGGUACAGAAAAAUUUGCAAAUCAAUUUCAUGGCUGCUGUGGCCGAUAAUAAAUUCGUAGAUUAUUUAAAAGGCAUAUUCAAGAAAAAAUAUAAACCACCCAAAGACGUGAAUGACGAAUCUGAUGAAGAAUCUUCUGAAUCGAGUGAAGAGUCAUCAGAAGAAGAUUUAGAUGCUGCGAGUUUAUCAUCAGGUGAUAUCGGAUUAAUAAAGUUAGAUGAGUCCGUUUGUCCUGAAGGAUGUGAUGUUAAUCUUUAUAAUUUGGCGUUUGAAUUGCGUGCUCAGAGACAUGAACUGGAAAUGAAAGAAAAAGAAGAACAGCGCCAAAUAGAUCUAACAAAUAAAGAAGUCAAUGUUAUGGACAAACAAAUUCGGGUUAUAGAAGAAGCAUUAAGAGUAAGGCGCGAAGAAUUAGCAGCAUAUCAACGACUAAAACAACAAAAAUUGAAUGAUGUGCAAACAACUGUUGUACUGCGACUUCACCAAAUACAAAAUUUAUCAUCUGAUGGUUCCUUAGAUUCUUUUGAGGAUAGUUUGGUUUUUAGCAGAGGCGCUAUUGGCAGUUUAUUCACCAGAGUAGGAGAAUUAAAACAUGAAACUGAAUUACAAAAAGAAAAACACAAGAAAAACCAACGUCAUUUAUGGCGUAUGAAUCAAGAUUGUUUAGUUAUGGAGGAAAGAAUUCGUAAACUACGUGAAAGUAUUGCAGAAGUAAUGUAUAGAAAAUUCAAUCAAAUUAUAGAUUUAGAUCAAUUAGAAGAAGCAAUUUUGAAGAAGUUAGUACACGAUCUAAGAUUUCGUAUGGCUGAUGUGCAAAAAUCAUAUGAUAAAGAAAUUGCUAAAUGGAAGCAAACAUUAUGCACAAAGCAACUAGAAAUGUCGAGUUCAUUAGAACAAAACACGGAAAAAUUAGAAGUUUUGACAGUCUUGCAAGAAGAAUCUCUGAAACUAUCAAAAAUAUUGAAGCAUCAAGCAGCUAGCAAGGAAGUCAUAUCAAAGGCUGAUGAGAUUGAAAAAAUAUAUAAGAGUGAUAUGAAAGAAUUGAAAAGUAUAGAAAAAAGACAAGAAGAACAAUUGAUGAAAUUACGCCAAGAGAUACGCCGUUUGAAACUUAAAUCUGAGCCACUGCCACCAAUUACGACGCGACCAAAAACAUCAGUGAAAGUAGCUUCUGAAGACUCAUUUUCGUACUUUUCAUUUAGCGAUUAUCCACCACCACCCAAAAAAGAGCCAAGAUACAAAGCAAUGUAUAGUGCUUUCCACAUUUUCUACAACUUAAUAGACCGUGUAGGUGGACAAAUAGGUUCGAGCAUGUUGGUUUCAAGAAAAAUUGUGAAGGAACUAAUGAAUUCGGUUGAUGGGGCCGAAUUAGCACAUUCUACCAUCGAAGAUAUUUUAUUUCAGGUAAAUAAUGAGCUUGAAAGCAUUGAAAAUUACAACUCCAUCAAAGAAGUGCUCCAAGAAGUUCUAGACAGAACGAUGGAAGGUCCUUCUAUAACUAUACCGAUUAUAGACGAUAUACUAGUAAAAGUUAUAGAACAAACACCAGAAUUUAUAAUGGUAAAGAACCUGGUGGAUCAGCUUCUUUCCCGAGUAGAUAUAGAAGCACAUAAGGAAAGAUUUGAUUUAGUAAAAGAUAUUUUAAAAAUCAUAUUGGAUCAUUUUCCUACAGACAAAAAAACUAUUGAAGAUUUAGAAGAGUCGGUUACAAGUAUGGUAGAACCUAUGAAAAAAGCUAUACCUUCAAAAGUCGUUGAAAUGACUCCACAAGAAGAGCUUGAGAAACAAAUUCGUAGAUUGAUUUAUAAUAUUCUAGAACAGAUUGAAAUCAUUCAACGUGAAACUGAAGUAGAAGUCGCUCAAAUAAUGUUCCCUACAGAAGCCCCGCCGAAUUUUGAAGAGAUGAUAAGCCAAGAUAUAAUAGAUGAAGUAAUUAACAGAGUCAUGGAUAAUUUCUCACUAACAGAGUCUGCUAUGCAAAUAGCCAUCGAAAAUGCAAUAAAGGAAAUGAUUAAGAAAAUUCCAGAAAAAUUAAUAAGAAUUCGCUAUAAUUUAUUCCAGGUUGCACGAGAAAUGGUAAGGCGAAUGUCCAUAACAUCUAUGGAAAUAAUGCGCGUCAAAGGUGAUAUUAUUGUCGAUAAUUUAACAGAUUUUAUCGAGCGCGAAGGACCUGAAAAUCUUACUCGUAGUAAAAUUGAGCAAAUUGUUGGUAACAUUAUAACGUACAUAAAAGAAGAAGCCUUGGGAGAAUAG